AUGCCCUAUGAUAAUAUGGUCUCAAUAAAUCAAUGGAAAGAAGGCAUGUCUACUUUGGCUCAACAGGCUAAUGUAUCAUGUAAACUAAGUGGUCUUGUCAUGUUUCAACAUAAUUGGACAGUCGAAUCUCUUCAACCCUUUUUGGAAUACGCAUUGAAUGUAUUUGGCAUCGAUCGAUGUCUUUUUGCAUCAAAUUUUCCUGUUGAUAAACUUCAUGUAACGUUCAGACAACUUGUUGAAGCCAAUUUGCAAGUGGCCAAGGAAGUAGGAUUAAGUAAACAAGAAAUUGAAUGUGUAUUUCAUGAUAAUGCUUGUCGUAUCUAUCGACUAUGA